AUGCUUUCGCCCAACUCGCCUACCAAUUCCGCCAUCGUUCUGGGUGAUGUGCGCUGCACCAUCGUGGCUACCCGCAAGGUAGCGGGACACACUGACUAUGUCAUCCGAGUGCAGACCGACCGCUACGGUGGCGAGGACCUCGUGUACCGCCGCUUUUCAGCCUUCUUGCAGCUGCAGCAGCUCGCGCGCCGCCAAUUGCAGGAGGGCACCAUGUGCUGUGGUGGAGAUAAAAGUUGUUUGCUCACGUCUUGUCUCGAGCGCGUGUUCAUGAACACUGAAUUUCCUGUCAUGCAAGGCUGCUUCCUCGGCAAAAACUCCAAGAACGUCGUGCGUGAGCGUGUGCUAUUUUUAAAUGCCUUUUUACUGGAACUUGAGGAAGCACUGUGCAAGUGUCCGCCAGUGGUCAUGGCUUGCUGCGAGAAGAAGGGUUGCAAGAUCACCAAGCUGCUAAAGAGCUUUUACGGCUGCCUCGAGAUGUCAUCAGACAAUGAUAUCAUCAAUACCGGCGCUUGA